AUGAGAGAGACUUUGACUUUCCUAACAGAGCUUCAUAAAGACGAUGUUACUUUAGUUAGUACGGACUGCUUGAAACAAUUUAAAUACAGUUACAGACAAGAAAUUGUGAAAGCUAAGAUUAAAGCCAAUGAUGACUACAUUAAUAAAUCCAACAACAGACAACAUGCUGCUUGGAAUAUCAUAAAGAAUGUUAAACCGUACGCACACAACCAGGACUCCUCAACAUCUCUCACAGCACAUCAAUUCAACGACUUUUUUACCCAUAGGCCACAAAAACUUUUAAAUAAAAUUACCCCAUCCGAUGUUUCUCCAUCGCAUUAUAUGAAUCAUCCUACUCAUAGUUCACACUUCAGGGAAGUUUCAUAUCAUGAUGUGAGAACUGCCAUAAAUAAACUAAAAAACUCAAAGAGUACUGACCCAUAUGGCUUUACUGUCAGGAUUGUCAAAACCUUGCAAAAUCUCAUCAUAUAUCCUCUAACCAAGUUAUUCAAUCAGUGUAUAGAAAGUAAUACUUUUCCGGAUUUUUUCAAACUAUCUAAAAUUAUACCCAUUUUCAAACAAGGGGAUACUGAAGAGUUAUGCAACUACAGGCCCAUUUCCUUAAUACCUAUUUUUGCGAAAAUUUUGGAAUUAUUGUUGAAAGAUCAAAUUAAUGAAUACUUUGAGGCUAAUAAUCUAUUUUGCUCAACACAGUUUGGUUUUAGGAAAAAUAGUUCCACCACAUCAGCUAUUAACAGUUUUAUUCAGUUUGUGAACCAGACUUUUGAAAACAACCUAUAUGGCGCAGCAUGUUUGUUGGACUUGUCCAAAGCUUUUGAUUGUGUUCAACACGACAUCCUGUUGGAAAAGCUCCCUUUUUAUAACUUUCAUGAUUAA